AUGUCAAGACAUUUUCCUGACUACGAUAACCACCGUGUUUGCCUUCUUCCUUUCCCAAGUUUCACUCAAUUCAUAGAAAAGAAGCGAGACCUUGGGGUUUACGUUUCAGGCAGUUUGUUUGCCCUAGGCUGGUGGUUUUUCAUCGAUGCUGUGGUUCUUUCCAACACUAUAGAUAAUGAUACUCAACCGGCAAUAGGUUUCGAAGAUUGGAUGUGCGGGAUUUCCAGUACUCUAGGAAUGCUAAUCGUUAACUCGAUUGAUAAAAGUCGUCUCACAGCCGACAAUUUUUCAUACACUGGAAGUGGUAUUGCAACGAAAGCCCGCUUUUUUUUAUUUGUAGGAUUUGCUCUGAUGGCAGGAGGCUUGGCGGGAUCUGUGACCAUAUUAAUUCUCAAGCAUAUUGUGCCCGAAGCUGGACAACCUUACAUUUAUUUUGGAAUUGAGGAGUUCUGUGGUGCUUUGGGUUGCACAAAACGCAGAACCUGA